CUGAAUCAAUGUUGUUGGGGACAUGGGAAUUGCAAAUGCACCUGGAUAUGGCGGCUGCAAAUUUCACACUUGUCCCGCCGCCAUAGCUCGUAGCACAACGUUCCUCUCGUCUUCUUCCACAAAUGGCAACUUCCAUGGCGCAUCCUGCCUUUCCCAAGAGAAGCAGCAAGAACCUCUGCACGCUCUCCCUCCUCUCCCUCCUCCUGCUUUUCCUUUUCUGCCUUUUCCUUUUCACCAGAAGCGCUUUCGACUCCAACCUCUCUUUCUACAGGUCUCUUCUCCUCUCUCCUUCGAGAUCCACCUCCAAUGGCGAUGACAAUGCCGACGGAAGCACGACGCUGGAUGAUGAAUUUCGGGAAGGAAGGGAUCGAGACACCGGAGUGCCUUUGUCCCCCAAAUCGGAUCACGAUGGUAAACCUAAUCUGAAUUCUUCGGAAUCUCUGGUAGAUGUCGACGUAAAGAUCGACGGGGUUAAGGAAAACCCUAGCAAAUCCAAUUCCGAAAGCAAAUUAGGCAUUGUUGAUAGUGCGAUAAUGAAGAAGUUGAGGAAUUGCGAUAUUUACAAGGGGAAAUGGGUGAAGGAUGAAGAAUAUCCCCUUUACAAGCCAGGUUCAUGCCCGUACGUCGACGAAGCUUUUGAUUGCCAGAGCAAUGGAAGACCUGACUCUGAUUAUCUCAAGUGGAGAUGGAAAGCAGAUGGAUGCGAUCUUCCCAGGUUUAAUGCGACAGAUUUUCUAGAAAGAUUGCGAGGCAAAAAACUUAUGCUUGUGGGAGACUCGAUGAACCGAAACCAGUUUGAGUCUCUCCUCUGUCUUCUACGAGAAGCUCUUCCCGACAAGAGCAAAAUGUACGAAAUUCAUGGGUAUAAAAUCACAAAAGGAAGAGGCUAUUAUGUUUUCAAAUUCGAGGAUUACAACUGUACAGUGGACUUUGUCCGGUCACAUUUUCUCGUCCGGGAAGGGAUUCGUAUCAAUCCGCAAGGAAAUUCCAACCCGACGCUUUCCAUGGACAGAAUUGAUAAGACAGCUAGCCGUUGGCUAAGAGCUGAUAUUCUUGUUUUCAACACCGGACACUGGUGGACUCAUGGGAAGACUUCGAGGGGCAAAAACUACUAUAAAGAAGGCGAGUACGUCUAUCCUCGCUUCGAUUCUGUUGAAGCCUACCGGAGAGCGAUCAGGACGUGGGCGACAUGGAUCAAGCAAAACAUAAAUCAAGAAAAGCUCGUGUUCUAUCGUGGCUACUCAUCAGCACAUUUCCGGGGCGGAGAUUGGGAUUCGGGGGGAUCGUGCAACGGGGAGACGAAGCCGGUGACGAAGGGGGCUAUUCUCGAGAGUUAUCCGCAAAAGAUGAGGAUUCUGGAGGAAGCGAUCGACGAAGUAAGCGUUCCUAUCGUGCUAUUGAACGUAACGGGGCUAACGAAUUAUAGAAAAGAUGGACACCCGUCGGUGUACGGAAAGAAUGGGACGGAUCGGGGAAAAGUGUCGAGCCGGCGGCAAGACUGUAGCCAUUGGUGUCUUCCGGGCGUGCCGGACGCCUGGAAUGAGCUGAUAUACACUACAUUGGUUUCCCGGCGGCAGUUUUAGCGUCAGAGAAUGGAUUGGAUUUGAGUACGUUUUUGUGUUUGAGUUUUGGUACAUAGAAAUGAAAUAGAUAUAAUAAUUAUUAUUACGGACAAUUGGGCAAAAAUCUCUCUGUCCAUUUAUCAAUUGGGAUUCAGUCCCUAAUGAUAAAAAAUUUGUCUGCACUCCCCCCUUUUUCCUUCUUCCUUCUUCUUCCUCCCUACUCGUAUUUUUCUUCAUUCUGUUUCUCUUCGCGCAAAAAAUUCUUCUCAAGCCGUUGUCCUCUUCCGUGAGCUCGAAAGCCACAUCCCGCACAGGUAAGGUUUUUAAUUGUUCGCCCGAUUUUACAUUGCCGCUUCUUGUCUGGUUCGAUUGAAAAAUUUUCUAGGGCACUCUCCGAAUCCUGUUCCGGUUCCCUGUCGUCGGCGGUCGGUUGAUUCGGUCGAAGAACUACCGAAGGCUGUCACCAGUUCCCUAGCCCGUAUUUCUUGUUCUCCGGUGAAAUUAGAUGUACCAGGUGUGUUUUUGUGUCGGUUGAUUCGGUCGAAGAACUACCGAAGGCUGUCACCGGUUCCCUGGCUCGUCUUUCUUGUUCUCCGGCGAAAUUAGAUGUACCAGGUGUAUUUUUGUAUCGAUAUCUUAGUUGGAAAAUUAUUAUUUGGAAGAAAAUGUUUGGAUAUUAUUUU